AUGGCAGAGGAGCGGGCUGAGCUGGAGGAGAGGAUCAUCAUCAAGGACCAGCACACCAAGGAGAUCGACCUGGUGAACAGAGACCCAAAGCACAUCAACGAGGACGUUGUGAAGGUGGAUUUUGAGGAUGUGAUAGCUGAGCCAGUGGGAACAUACAGCUUCGACGGCGUCUGGAAAGCCAGUUACACCACCUUCACCGUCAGCAAGUACUGGUGUUACCGGCUGCUCUCUGCCAUCCUGGGCAUCCCCUUGGCAGUCGUCUGGGGCUUCCUCUUUGCCCUCAUCUCCUUCUGCCACAUCUGGGCGGUGGUGCCCUGCAUCAAGAGCUACCUGAUAGAGAUCCAGUGCGUCAGCCGAAUCUACUCCCUCUGCAUCCACACCUUCUGCGACCCGCUCUUCGAGGCGCUCUCCAAGAUCUGCAGCAACGUCAGGGUUGCUCUGCGGAAGGAGAUCUAA